GAGGUGGGAAACCUGUCCCGUGAAGCAGUUUUUUUCUUUACCCUCUCUCUCUCUCUCUCUCUCUCUCUCUCUUGUUUCUCUCACAUAAUUCAUUCUUUGCUUCCCUCCUUUAAAAUCACGAGAUCCCCUUCGCUUUCUCUCUUUCCUCCCCCUCCCUCCCUUUCUCUCUGCAUGUCUUCUCUAACCCCCCUUCUCUACCCCAUUACUUGCCCCUGCUCUUCUCUCUCCGGCAACACACAUUGCUGAGAGAAAGAAACGCAAGAGAGAGACAGAGAGAAACAACAACCCAACCCAAAACCCAGAAAGAAAGAGAGCAACAACGACAAAAAAAAAAACACCAAAUUAAACCCCCUCCUAUAUUUCCUCCGAAAGAAGAAAAAAAUGUCGCAUAUCGACACUCUGACCGGCCGCUUACGAAACUCCCUCAACUUCUCCGACAACGCCAAUAACACGAACAACAAGCCGGACUUCAGAGAACUCGAUCCGGGUUCGCCCGUUUCGACCCUGCGCAACUCGUCCGGUCCAGCCCCGAGUGGGCUCACCUCCAACACCAGCAGCAGCUCCAGCUCCUCCGGAUCCGCCUCCGGCAGGACCGGGCCCAACCCGGCCCACCACAAGAGAUCCAAUUCGAGCCCCACCCAGAACCACAACCACUCCGGCGAGCUCUCCGGGUCCGUCGAGAGCUCCCCGACUUCGCACGGCAGGUGCAAACGGCCGCCGUCUGAUUCCGUUAACUCGCCGUCUCCCGGCAACGUGCUCCCCGCCGGCAACAUUUGCCCGUCGGGGAAGAUUCUGAAGUCGGGGAUGGUCAGCCGCGGCUCGAAGACCGACGUGUUGGGGUCGGGAUCGGUUAAUUAUGGCCACGGCAGCAUAAUGCGCGGCGGCGGCGGCGCGGCCAAAUCGGCCGGAGGGGGUGGGGACGCGGCGGUGAAUUGUUCGAGAAUUGGGGUGGUGGAUCCGGAGGAGCUGAAGAGGCUGGGCAACGAGCAGUACAAGACUGGGAACUUAUCUGAGGCGCUGGGGUUCUACGACAGGGCUAUCGCCAUUGCGCCCGGAAACGCCACAUACAGGUUUAACAAGGCGGUGGCGUUGACGGGGUUGAAGCGGCUGGGAGAGGCGGUGAGGGAGUACGAGGAGGCGGUCCGGUUGGAUGCGGGUUAUGUUAAGGCGCAUCACCGGUUGGGGUCACUUCUUGUUCGUCUAGGGCAGGGUGAAAAUGCAAGAAGGCACAUUUGUUAUCAAGGAUACCAACCAGAUGCAAAUGAGUUGCAGAAGUUGCAAGCAUUGGAAACGCAUUUACGUAAGUGCACCGAUGCUCGAAAGAUUGGUGACUGGAGAAGUGCAUUGAGGGAAGUUGAUGCUGCCAUUGCUGCUGGAGCUGAUGCUUCUCCUCAGCUACAUGCAUGUCGAACGGAAGCACUAUUGAAGCUCCACCAACUAGAAGAGGCCAGUUUCAGUCUGUCAAACAUUCCCAAAUUCGAACCAUUGAGUCCAUCUAGCUCACAUACAAAGAUUUUUGGAAUGCUGUUCGAAGCAUACGUCUUAUUUGUCCGAGCCCAAAUUGAGAUGGCAUUUGGAAGGUUUGAGAAUGCAGUUACGGCCAUUGAGAAAGCGGGCCAGAUAGAUCUGCGUAGUGUCGAAGUCUCAGUUUUGCUCAACAACGUGAGGCUGGUGGCAAGAGCUCGUGCACGUGGCAAUGAUCUCUUCAAAUCUGAGAGAUUCACUGAAGCUUGUUCCGCUUAUGGCGAAGGCCUUAAACAUGAUCCUUCAAAUUCGGUUCUUUACUGCAACAGAGCAGCUUGUUGGUUUAAGCUUGGGCUUUGGGAGCAUUCUGUUGAUGAUUGCAACCAAGCUCUACGAAUCCAGCCUAAUUACACUAAAGCACUGCUGAGAAGGGCUGCCUCAAACUGCAAGCUCGAGCGAUGGGCUGAAGCCGUCAGGGAUUAUGAGGUUUUGAGCAGGGAGCUCCCACAUGACAAUGAGGUUGCUGAGUCUUUAUUCCACGCCCAAGUUGCAAUGAAGAAAUCCCGAGGGGAAGAUGUUCAUAAUUUGAAGUUUGGCGGGGAAGUGGAGUCAGUAUCAGGUCUCGAGCAGUUCAAAGCUGCAAUUUCUUCUCCUGGUGCUUCUGUAGUCCACUUCAAAGCAGUAUCCAAUCUACAAUGCAAUCAGAUAUCUCCAUUUCUCAAUGCGUUAUGUGGGCGCUUCCCAUCCAUAAACUUCCUCAUGGUGGAUGUGGAGGAGAGCCCGGCAGUUGCAAUUGCUGAGAACGUGAGGAUCUUACCAACUUUCAAGAUUUACAAGAAUGGAAGCCGGGUCAAAGAAAUGGUUUGCCCGAGUCCAGAGGUGCUGGAGUCCUCGGUGAGGCACUAUAGUUUUUAGAAACACAUUGUUUUGUACUGCCAAUAUUUGUAUUCUCUCUUUGCUCCCCAAAUGCUGCCCAGCUUCGUGGGAAUUCUCCCACAUCUCUCUCCCCAUUUCUCUCCACCUUACCAAUAUUCCGACUACAUUAUAAUCUCAUUAGAAGCCAUUGCCAUUGGAACCUAGGGAGAUAGCUUAGUUCCCUUCGCAGUUUUUAUUUAUUCAUUCAUUCCUCUUCCUCCCAUUCGCCUUUUCCCUUUUCUUCUAUCUUUUUCCUCCAAAAUUCCUUAUCUUUCAUUUUCUUGAAGACCGGCCUUGUUCAUUGAGAGAGUUGUACAAUCCACUCCAUCUCCAUCGGCUAUUUUAGCCGAAAUCAAGAGAGCUGCAACAGGGAGUGGGAGAGAGAGACAAGAUGGCUGGAUUUUAGAUGAGGAUAUUAUGUACAUGUAUAUAUACGAUGAUAUGUUACACAACAUUGGAAGCCAUUGAAGGAGGGAGAUUGGAUGUUUGGUGGGUAUUUUCUGGGUUAGUGAAGGCUGAAGAUGGUGAUGAUGCUAUUGUAUUGUUAUUUCUUUGCCCCAAUCAUUAAUUCCGUCAAUAAAAGCUGUAAUUUUUUCACAA